UUUUUAAGAAUGUAUAGAAAAUGCUACCCUAUGGCGGGAAAUUAAAAAUUAAAUAAAAAGUGUAUCGUUUUACAAAUUCAUUCCAAAAUUUUAAAAAUAAUAGUUUACAACAUAUUUAGACAUAACUAUUUUUAGAAUUGUAUCGCGAUUUUACAUUUGAGCUGUUAGAAAAAAGUGUGGUUAUAAUGACAUAUCACUUUUUCUACUUUUUGCAAUAAAAUGGAAAAGGCAGUGACUGUUUUAGCACCAAACGGUAGAAGACAAACGGUUAAAGUGAAUGUAAAUGCCACAGUGUUACAGAUUCUGGAAGAGGUAUGCAAGAAGCAAGGUCUACAACCGGAGAAGUACGACAUAAAACAUCACAAUAAAUGUCUCGACACGAGCACGAUCAUUCGAUUUUCCGGCCUACCGAAUAACGCACAACUUGAGCUGUCGGAGGCCGUCACCGAAAGAGCGGACGGAAUUGUUACAUUAGGGAUACAAUGCGAGAACGGAGACAGAUUGACUGGCGAUUUCGACCCCGGUUGUAAUCUCCAUGAUGUUUUGUGUAAAAUGUGCCCUGAACAAGUCGAUCCAGAAACAAACCCAGUAGUUGUUUAUAUGAGACGAAUGAUUUACGGUGAAACCUCAUUUAAAGAGACCACGUUAAGGAGUUUGGGUCUUACGCAUGGAAGAGCUAUGUUGCGACUUAUACAUAAGUCUCCCGAGGAACUGGGUGAGCAAGCUAACAUAUCGGCACCUCUACCACCACGAGCUGUCGAAGAAAAAUUGCCAGAAAGACCUAGGGAAAAACCAUCUGUGCCCAAGUAUCAAAAAGUGGAGUUGCCACCACCACAACAACCACCUCCUGCAGUCGAUAAACCUAAAGCAGCUUCACCACCGAGACAAUUACCAAAGACCCUCGCUGAUGAUCCUCCUCAUCAAACGGUGCCAGUACUCAAGGAGAAAACUGUAGCAGAAGAAGACUUCAUUUUUGUCGGUCCGAGAAACGCGAUGAUCUUCUCUCAAGACACCGCCGAGGCGGUACCUUCGGAAGAUCUACCCGACGACUUCUUUGAACUGACAAUAACCGACGCGAAGAAGCUCCUAAAAGAUCUUAAAAAACGCAGAGUGGAAUUGGAUAAUCUUCCACUGCAAACGUCAACCUGGCGCAGUCUUCUCAAGUCCACGGACGAGUUGACCCGCAUGAACCGCUACAAGAAGUCGAUAAUUCGCAUCCACUUCCCCGACCAGAUGAUUCUGCAAGGCGUCUUUAAGCCCCUGGAUACUCUUCAGAUGGUUUUCGAUUUUGUACGCGAUUAUUUGGAAAAUCGAGACCUGGACUUUUAUCUUUACACAACUCCGCCGAUAAACAUCCUGGAUCGAAAUAGUAAGUUGAUCGAAAUCGAUUGCGUACCCAACGCUGUUUUACACUUCGGCGUCAAAGGCGCGUGUGCUACCGGAAGAUACCUGAAGACGGAGUUUCUCACUAAAUGCACGACUGCAUCGCUCGCGAGUUUGUCGGCGGCGCGAACGAGGCAGGAAUCGACGAGGCCACCUGCGCAUACCUUCAAUGAUGACGAGAUGUCGUUGAGUGAUUUUCCUGCGGAUGAUGUUAACGUCGGAGCUAGUACGAGUACUGGGCAAUACGGGUAUGAAAGUCAUCCACCAAAGGUUAGCCGUCCCACGGAUGCUAAGUUUCCCAAGUGGUUUAAACCACCAAAAUAAUUGUGAAAGUUGUACAUUUUUUUUUAUUAAAUGCAAUUUUAAAGAUGAA